AUGGAGAACUACCAGAAGCUGGAGAAAAUUGGCGAGGGAACCUAUGGAGUGGUAUACAAAGCCCGCGACCUGACACACCCUUCUCGCAUUGUUGCUUUAAAGAAGAUCCGACUUGAGGCUGAAGAUGAAGGAGUCCCAAGCACUGCCAUACGAGAGAUUUCUCUUCUGAAAGAGAUGAACGACCCAAAUAUCGUCAAACUGUUCAACAUCGUUCACGCCGAUGGCCACAAACUCUAUCUCGUAUUCGAAUUCCUAGAUCUCGAUUUGAAGAAGUAUAUGGAAGCGCUCCCAGUCAGCGAUGGAGGAAGAGGCAAGCCCUUACAAGGGACAAGUAUGGAUAUGGGCCGCUUAGGCUUAGGUGAAGCCAUGGUUAAAAAGUUCAUGAGCCAGCUUGUUGAGGGUGUGCGGUACUGUCAUAGUCAUAGAAUCUUGCACAGGGAUCUCAAGCCGCAGAACCUGCUCAUUGAUCGAGAUGGCAAUCUCAAACUUGCCGACUUCGGGUUGGCAAGGGCGUUUGGAGUUCCUCUGCGAACGUAUACCCAUGAAGUUGUCACAUUAUGGUAUAGAUCGCCAGAGAUCCUGCUGGGUGGUCGACAAUACUCUACGGGUGUUGAUAUGUGGUCAAUCGGUUGCAUCUUUGCAGAGAUGUGCACCAGGAAGCCUCUGUUUCCCGGGGAUUCUGAAAUUGAUGAGAUUUUUAAAAUCUUCAGGAUCUUGGGAACUCCUGAUGAAAACGCUUGGCCUGGUGUCACAUCUUUUCCGGACUAUAAAACAAGUUUUCCAAAAUGGACCCGUGAUAUGACAAAAGCGCUCGUGGCAGGUCUAGAUGAUAAUGGCCUCGAUCUGCUUGACGCCAUGCUGGUCUAUGAUCCGGCGGGAAGGAUCUCGGCCAAACAAGCGUGCAUGCACCCAUAUUUUGAGCUUGGUAGCGCUGCAUAUUCGGGGAGGCAGAAGGUCAAUGGCUACCACUGA